UUACUCACUUACAACACAACCUUCAAUCUCACAAAACACUGCUUUUGGUUUUGGGUUUGACAGAGAUCAAAAGAGGAGAGAGAGAGAGAGAGAGAGAGAGAAGAUGGCUAAGGAAGUGAGUGAAGAAAGGCAGCCAGGUAAGGAUUAUGUUGAUCCACCACCAGCUCCUCUCAUCGACAUGGCUGAGAUCAAGCUCUGGUCUUUCUACCGUGCUCUUAUAGCUGAGUUCAUAGCCACUCUUCUUUUCCUCUAUAUCACUGUAGCUACUGUAAUUGGCUACAAGAAGCAAGCUGACCCUUGUGCUGGAGUUGGCCUUCUGGGUAUUGCAUGGGCCUUUGGUGGCAUGAUUUUCAUUCUGGUUUACUGCACUGCUGGUAUCUCCGGUGGUCAUAUUAACCCGGCGGUCAGUUUUGGACUGUUCUUGGCGAGGAAGGUUUCACUAAUCAGGGCUGUGGCUUACAUGGUGGCUCAGUGCUUGGGUGCAAUUUGUGGUGUUGGGUUGGUGAAAGCAUUUAUGAAGCAUCCAUAUAAUGGCCUCGGAGGUGGUGCAAACACAGUGGCACCUGGCUACAACAAAGGCACUGCUUUGGGUGCUGAGAUCAUCGGCACUUUUGUACUUGUCUACACUGUUUUCUCUGCAACUGACCCUAAGAGGAGUGCACGUGACUCUCACGUCCCUGUGUUGGCUCCUCUUCCAAUUGGGUUUGCUGUGUUCAUGGUCCACUUGGCAACAAUCCCCAUCACUGGUACUGGUAUUAAUCCUGCUAGGAGCUUUGGUGCUGCAGUUAUCUACAACAAUGACAAAGCCUGGGAUGAUCAUUGGAUUUUCUGGGUUGGUCCUUUCGUUGGAGCACUUGCAGCAGCAGCAUACCAUCAAUACAUACUGAGAGCAGCAGCCAUCAAAGCUUUGGGAUCUUUCCGCAGCAACCCCACCAACUAAAGGAAGAGAAAUCUGCACAAAAAAAAAAAAAGCGUCUUUCUCUCUACUCUUCUUUUUCUCUUUCAAAUUGUUUGUUUGUUUGUGUGUAUUAUGAGAGGAUUAUGAUGAUAACCCUUUUUCUUUUUCACUUCAAUCUUUAAUCUUUCUUUGUUAAUUUAAUCAGUCUCUGGCUCUGUAUCAUUGUUAUCAAGUAGUGCUGUUUUUCUUUUUCCUCUUUUCA